CCCCUCUGCCCGACGGCAACUGUGCCUUCGAUCCCGCCGCGUCGGCGAGGAGAGGGGGAAAAUGAACGCUCCCCUUCCCCGUCAAGUGGGCAGAGGGCCUGCCCGCUCCUGGCACAGAAUGCCUGAGGGCCCUGAGCUGCAGUUGGCCAGCCACUUUGUGAAUAAGGCAUGCAAGGGGCUGGUGUUUGGCGGGUGUGUGGAGAAGUCACCCGUCAGCCGCAACCCUGAGGUGCCUUUUGAGAGCAGUGCCUAUUACAUCUCAGCCUCAGCCCGGGGCAAGGAGCUUCGCCUGACACUGAGCCCCCUGCCUGGGGCCCAGCCCCCACAGGAGCCACUGGCCCUUAUCUUCCACUUCGGUAUGUCUGGGUCCUUCCAGCUGGUACCCAGCAAUGCGCUACCACCCCAUGCCCAUCUGCGCUUUUACACAGCUCCUCCUGGCCCCAGACUUGUCCUCUGCUUCGUGGACAUCCGCCGCUUCGGGCACUGGGACAUCGGAGGCAAGUGGCAGCCAGGCCGUGGGCCAUGUGUCUUGCUGGAGUACCAGCAGUUCAGGGAGAAUGUGUUACAAAACCUCGCGGACAAGGUCUUCGACCGGCCCAUAUGCGAGGCCCUCCUGGACCAGCGGUUCUUCAAUGGCAUUGGCAACUACCUGCGGGCAGAGAUUCUCUACAGGCUGAAGAUACCCCCCUUUGAGAAGGCCCGCACUGUUCUAGAGGCGCUGAAGCAGCACAGGCUGAGCCCGGAACUGACCCUGAGCCAGAAGAUCAGAGCCAAGCUGCAGAACCCAGAUCUGCUGGAGCUAUGCCACUCAGUGCCCAAAGAAGUGGUCCAGCUAGGGGGCAAGGGCUACGGGCAGAAGAGUGGGGAGGAGGACUUUGCAGCCUUUCGAGCCUGGCUGCAGUGCUACUGCAUGGCGGGCAUGAGCUCCUUGCGGGACCGGCACGGCCGCACCAUCUGGUUCCAGGGGGAUCCUGGACCUUUAGCACCCAGAGGGGGCAUGUCCCAUAAGAAGAAAUCCAAGGGAUCACAGCAGAGUUCCAAGGACAGAAGGGAGGACCCUCCACCCCCAAACAAGGCUCCUUCCAGGUCACGAAGAGCACGAAGAGGCCUUCCUGAGCAAACUGCAGCCCAGCAGCCAGAGGGGACCAGCCUCCAACAGGACCCAAAAGUCCUCCCAGUCACUGAGAAAGGAAAGAGGAAGGGGCGAUGGGCAAACUCCGGCUGCUGCAGACCCCAAAAGAUCAAGACUGACACCCCAUCUUUGGAGCCCCAGGGGACUUCAGCCUCUUAGCUGCAUUAUGCCUUCCUGCUGCCUUGCCCUGGAUCUGGGGCCUGUAUGGCUUCCUAGAAGCAGA